ACCUGCCCUGGCGGAAUCUGGACUUGCUCGGCCAAGAAGCCCAGGAAUAAUUCUGCUACAGGGCUGAAUUCAAGGACGUGAAUUGUUGACCUCAUCCCAACAUCAGAACCUCAGAUGUUAUUCUAAUUUAUUUGCAAGCCAACUUUAUGUGGGAAUAAACUUGAACGGAGGAUCUGUUGGAAAUUCACUGUGAAGUUCAAAUCAAGAAAACUUGCUGAAACCCCUAAAGCCUUCCCCCAUGGGCCCUGAUGGUAGCCUCCAGAAGGUGCAGCCUCAGGUGGUCCCCUUUCUUUUGUGGCAAGAAUAAACUUUGGGUCACUGAUUGCAAUACCACCCUUGGAGAAAAUGGUAUGCGAGGGAAAGCGCUCAGCCUCUUGCCCUUGCUUCUUCCUCUUGACUGCCAAGUUCUACUGGAUCCUCACAAUGAUGCAAAGAACUCACAGCCAGGAGUAUGCGCAUUCCAUCCGGGUGGAUGGGGACAUCAUUUUGGGGGGUCUUUUUCCUGUUCAUGCCAAGGGAGAAAGAGGGGUGCCUUGUGGGGAGCUGAAGAAGGAAAAGGGGAUCCACAGACUUGAGGCCAUGCUGUAUGCAAUCGACCAGAUCAACAAGGACCCUGAUCUCCUCGCCAAUAUCACUUUGGGUGUCCGGAUCCUUGACACAUGUUCCAGGGACACCUAUGCUUUGGAGCAGUCACUAACCUUUGUGCAGGCACUGAUAGAGAAAGACGCCUCUGAUGUGAAGUGUGCUAAUGGAGACCCACCCAUAUUCACCAAGCCUGACAAGAUUUCUGGUGUCAUAGGUGCUGCAGCAAGCUCCGUGUCCAUCAUGGUGGCUAACAUUUUAAGACUUUUUAAGAUACCUCAGAUUAGCUAUGCAUCCACAGCCCCAGAGCUAAGUGACAACACCAGGUAUGAUUUCUUUUCUCGGGUGGUCCCGCCUGACUCCUACCAAGCCCAAGCCAUGGUGGACAUUGUGACGGCCCUGGGAUGGAAUUAUGUGUCAACUCUGGCUUCAGAAGGGAACUAUGGAGAGAGUGGUGUUGAGGCCUUCACUCAGAUCUCAAGGGAGAUUGGUGGUGUUUGCAUUGCUCAAUCACAGAAAAUCCCACGUGAACCAAGACCUGGAGAAUUUGAAAAAAUUAUCAAACGCCUGCUGGAGACACCUAACGCUCGAGCAGUGAUUAUGUUUGCCAAUGAAGAUGACAUCAGGAGGAUACUGGAAGCAGCAAAAAAAUUAAACCAGAGCGGGCAUUUUCUAUGGAUUGGCUCAGAUAGUUGGGGAUCCAAAAUAGCACCCGUCUAUCAGCAGGAGGAGAUCGCAGAAGGGGCUGUGACAAUUUUGCCUAAAAGGGCAUCAAUUGAUGGGUUUGAUCGAUACUUUAGAAGCCGAACUCUCGCCAACAAUCGAAGAAAUGUGUGGUUUGCAGAAUUUUGGGAGGAGAAUUUUGGAUGCAAAUUAGGAUCACAUGGGAAGAGGAACAGUCACAUAAAGAAAUGCACAGGGCUGGAGCGAAUUGCACGGGAUUCAUCUUAUGAACAAGAAGGAAAGGUUCAAUUUGUAAUUGAUGCAGUGUAUUCCAUGGCUUACGCACUGCACAACAUGCACAAAGAACUCUGCCCUGGAUACAUAGGCCUUUGCCCAAGAAUGGUCACCAUCGAUGGGAAAGAGCUGCUGGGUUACAUCAGGGCUGUGAAUUUUAAUGGCAGCGCUGGUACACCUGUCACUUUUAAUGAAAAUGGAGAUGCUCCUGGACGCUAUGAUAUCUUCCAGUAUCAGAUAAACAACAAAAGUACAGAAUACAAAAUCAUCGGGCACUGGACCAAUCAACUUCAUCUAAAAGUGGAAGACAUGCAGUGGGCUAAUGGAGAGCACACACACCCAGCAUCUGUCUGCAGCCUGCCAUGCAAGCCUGGGGAGAGGAAGAAAACCGUGAAAGGGGUCCCCUGCUGCUGGCACUGUGAACGCUGUGAGGGUUACAACUACCAGGUGGAUGAACUGUCCUGUGAACUCUGCCCUUUGGAUCAGAGACCAAACAUCAACCGCACAGGCUGCCAGAGGAUCCCCAUCAUCAAGUUGGAGUGGCAUUCACCCUGGGCCGUGGUACCUGUGUUCAUAGCAAUAUUGGGAAUCAUUGCCACCACCUUUGUGAUUGUGACCUUUGUCCGCUAUAAUGAUACACCAAUUGUGAGAGCUUCUGGGCGGGAACUUAGUUAUGUGCUCCUAACGGGGAUUUUUCUCUGUUACUCGAUCACCUUUUUGAUGAUUGCCGCACCUGACACAAUCAUCUGCUCCUUCCGACGGAUCUUUCUGGGACUUGGUAUGUGUUUCAGCUAUGCAGCGCUUUUGACCAAAACAAACCGUAUCCACCGAAUAUUCGAGCAAGGGAAGAAAUCUGUCACAGCACCUAAGUUUAUCAGCCCAGCAUCCCAGCUCGUGAUCACCUUCAGCCUCAUAUCCGUACAGCUCCUUGGAGUGUUUGUGUGGUUUGUCGUGGAUCCCCCCCACACCAUCAUUGACUAUGGAGAACAGCGAACACUGGAUCCCGAGAACGCUAGGGGAGUGCUCAAGUGUGACAUUUCAGAUCUGUCACUCAUUUGUUCGCUAGGAUACAGUAUCCUCCUGAUGGUCACUUGUACUGUUUAUGCCAUUAAAACCAGAGGGGUCCCAGAGACGUUCAAUGAAGCCAAACCUAUUGGAUUUACCAUGUACACCACGUGCAUCAUUUGGUUAGCUUUCAUUCCCAUCUUUUUUGGUACAGCCCAAUCAGCAGAAAAGAUGUACAUCCAGACAACAACACUUACUGUCUCCAUGAGUUUAAGUGCUUCAGUGUCUCUGGGAAUGCUCUAUAUGCCCAAAGUUUAUAUUAUAAUUUUUCAUCCAGAGCAGAAUGUUCAAAAACGCAAGAGAAGCUUCAAGGCUGUGGUCACAGCUGCUACCAUGCAAAGCAAACUGAUCCAAAAGGGAAACGACAGACCAAAUGGCGAGGUGAAAAGUGAGCUCUGUGAGAGUCUUGAAACCAACACUUCUUCUACCAAGACAACAUACAUCAGCUACAGUAAUCAUUCAAUCUGAACAGGGAGAUGGCACCAUCUAAAGGAAGGUGCUGUGUGUUCUUAAAUAUUGAACAUGAGACUGAAAAAAACGCACUCUGGGAGAUCUCCAUAGACUACAAUCAAUCAGAUCAAUAGUCUUGUAAGGAACAAAAUUUAGCCAUGAGCCAAAAGUAUCAAUAUCGAGGAGAAAAGAAGCCCAUUUUUAUACAAUACAACCAAUGAGUGUCAAGCUAAAGUAUUGCUUAUUUGUGAGCAGUUAAAAAAAAAAAAACAAAAUCUCAAAUGGAAAACUAAUGUUAGCUUGUGAAAAAAAAAAUGCUGUUGAAAUAAACCAUGUCUGAUGUUAUUCUUGUAAGUAUUUUUCUGUGAUUGUGAGAACUCCUGUUCCUGUCCCACACUGUUCAACUUGUAUAAGCCUCUGAGUCUGUUUCUUGUAAUGGCUGACUGGAUUGAAGCCCUGGGUUGUGCUACAAAAUAAAUGCAAUGAUUGACGCAUGCAAUUUUUAUACAAAUAAUUUAUUUCUAAUAAUAAAGGAAUGUUUUGCAAAUGUUGAGCGUUGUUUCGUUCCAGUUUUAAACCAGAGUAAUUCCCUCUUUCCAGCUGACACUCUGCUGUUGUUAGAUCCUUGCCUGGCACCCUGUUGAGCCAUCUCCUUCAGGAACAUGGGUUUGGAUUGUCUGUGUUUACGGGGAGACUUUUAUUGUUCUAUGAAAAGGUA